ACCACGGAAAAUAAAGGUUCUACUUCCGGAAGUAGCCGACGAGGCUCAUGAGCGCCGAAGCAUAAGACCGAAGAUGAGACGAACCCGAAGCUGAAUUAAUUUUCUUCGUGUGCUGACUUGACCUGCGAGAGAGUGAGUGCAGGACUUAGCUGCCAGCGAGAAGACACAGGAAGAGGGUGUUUCUGCAGAUUCCAGUCCACUGUGGUUGUUGGUGUUUUUCUACUGUAAUACAGAUCCCAGACGCACAGCUUUGAGGCACCCGCUGUGCAAAGUUAUCUGGCCUGUGUCACUUCCUGCUCUUGGGUGGCAGUGAACUAACGUGAGGAGCUAAAGAGAUGGACCAAAACAACAGUAUACCAGCCUUCCAGGGGCUGGCUUCCCCUCAGGGCAUGCCAAUCUUCAGUCCCAUGAUGCCAUAUGGCUCAGGCCUGACACCUCAGCCCGUCCAGAACACCAACAGUUUAUCUAUACUGGAGGAACAGCAGAGGCAGCAGCAGCAGCAGCAGCAACAGCAGCAACAACAGGCACAGCAAGCAAACACAGGCCUUCCUGGAACGUCAGGGCAGACCCCCCAGCUUUACCAUUCCCAGACGGCAGCAGGCUCGACCACCACAGCAUUGCCGGGGAAUACCCCGCUCUACAACACCCCGCUGACCCCCAUGACCCCUAUCACACCCGCCACACCAGCCUCAGAGAGCUCUGGGAUAGUACCACAGCUACAAAACAUAGUAUCUACUGUAAAUCUGGGCUGUAAACUGGACUUGAAGACCAUCGCCCUGAGAGCCAGGAAUGCAGAGUACAACCCAAAGCGUUUUGCUGCGGUCAUCAUGAGAAUACGAGAACCCAGGACAACUGCUCUCAUCUUCAGCUCUGGGAAGAUGGUCUGCACUGGAGCUAAGAGUGAGGAGCAGUCGAGGUUAGCUGCAAGAAAAUAUGCUCGUGUGGUGCAGAAGCUCGGUUUUCCUGCCAAGUUCCUGGACUUCAAGAUUCAGAACAUGGUGGGAAGCUGCGAUGUGAAGUUCCCCAUUCGGCUGGAGGGAUUAGUCCUCACACAUCAACAGUUCAGCAGCUAUGAACCGGAGCUGUUUCCAGGACUGAUUUACAGAAUGAUCAAACCCAGAAUCGUCCUGCUCAUCUUUGUCUCUGGGAAAGUUGUACUCACAGGUGCCAAGGUGAGAGCAGAGAUCUACGAAGCAUUUGAAAACAUCUACCCCAUCCUGAAAGGCUUCCGCAAGACAACGUAGAACCUGCCAUCUCCUCAACUCCGUCUCUUUUUAUUCAGAUUUUUUUUUUUAACAUUCACAUGAAGUGUCAUCUAUAUGUUGACCUCUACAAAUGGACUGCUGUAAGGGCUGUUGAAAAGGGUUGUGAGUCAUCUUUUUUUUUUUUUUUUUGUCCCUCUAGUGUUUCAGUUUUUGUUUUUUUUUGUUUGUUUUUUUUUUGAAAAACAGGAUUUUUGCUGUAUGUUUUUGUUGCCGUGUUCUGAUUACAAGUGGUGAUAUAUUUUACACACAGACCUCUCCAUUUAUUUGGAACCUUUUCUCUGUUUUCGUUCACUUAUUUUCAGCUUUUUCUGUUGUCCUGAUCACAUCCCUGAUUGUACAUAAGACUGUAAAGAAAUGUAAAAAUCGCUGAUUAGAAGAGAAGCAGUCUUGCAAAGACUGUUUUUUGGUUUUAUUUUAAGCUGUUUUAAAUAGUUUUGUACAUGCAUUUUUAUUAAUUGUCUGCUCGGUCUCCAAGUUGUAUUAAGACGUGUUCGGGUCAGUCAGCCCCACAUUCCUAUUAACGGUAUUAGCUAAGAUUUUAGUGCAAGAGACUGUUUAUCCCAAAACGAAUCAGUCUGCUUUUUGAGAGUUUUAUCUUAAUACCUUUUACACUCAAAUCAAUUGGAUCUUUGUUCAGUUUGGCCCUAAUUAAAAGCUGGAAGUGGAUUUCCCUCUAAAUUUGAACAUUUUUGACAUGAGACGUAGUAUAGUCCAGUCUGUUAACUGAAGUUGGAUGCUCUUAAAUUUUUAAUUGACAAAAGUUAAACAAAAUUGAUCCAAGUCCUGCUACUUACGUUGUCAUCAGGUUUUUGGUUAGUUCUUCAAGGUUCCUGUUACUUGGUUUGGGUUCCUGAUACAUUUGUACUUAAAAAUCAACCAGAACCAAAACGUGAAGAAAAGACACGGUUGGUCUUAAAGUUGACAGCCUCGUCUUUUACUUAGUCACAUCUUGCAUCUUACAUUCACCAGCACUAAGACAUCAUGAUGAUCAGAUAAACUGUGCAUCAUGUUGUCAUGUUCAUGCAUUGUUUUUAAGUUUUCUUAUUUAUUUGUUUGGCCAUUUAAAAGUUUUCUUUUGAAGAAUUAUUUUUGAGCAUAGGCAAAUGUGAAUCUGUUUUGGCCAGGUGUUUGCUUAGCCACACACCUGGCCAAAAAUUUGUUUAAAUUUUGGGCACUUGUUGGUGUGCUUGUGUGUCACAGACAACUUUUGACUGUCAGUUUCACCAUCUGUGUGUCUGCCACCUGGCAAACUACGUUUAGUAUUAAUUAAUAUUUUCUCUGUGAUUUCUGAGUUUAUUAAUGACCAAGCAGGACACCAGGAAGCCCGGUCACAUCUAAAUGCAAUUCUGCUUCUGAAAAUGUUAAUGUGCUCCACUGUGCAUUAAUAAAUGUGUACAUACUGA